UGCGCAGCCUGCACACACUCAGCCAACAACACACCCUCCCCCUGACCAGGAAACGAAACCGAGCUCCAGCUGAGCACCGGCGUGUGUGAGUGUGUGUAGCCAAGGGCCCGGUGGUGCUGUGGCCUAAUGGCAGGUUUGAGGAGCGGAUCAGGAGCGACAGGAAGCCGGCAGACAGGACUCCCUGCAGCCGUCACUCUCCUCACGCUGCUGUUCACCUGCUGCGCCAGGUGCUCUGCUCAAAGUGCCAAACCGAGCAACAUCAUCCUCAUCCUCGCCGACGAUCACGAUGUUCAUCUGGGGGGGAUGACCCCCAUGAAGAAAACUAAAGCCUUAAUAGGAGACGCAGGAGCAACCUUUGUGAAUGCUUACACCGUCACACCGCUGUGCUGCCCCAGCAGGAGCAGCAUUUUGACCGGUCAGUAUCCCCACAACCACGAGGUGAGGAACAACUCACUGUCAGGGAACUGCUCCAGCAUUCAGUGGCAGAAAGGCCCCGAGUCCACGGCCUUCCCCAUCUACCUCAAUAAGCAGAAGUACCAGACGUUCUUCGCCGGGAAAUAUCUCAACCAGUACGGUAAAAAAGAUGAAGGAGAGAUUGGUCAUGUUCCACCUGGCUGGGACCAAUGGCAUGCAUUGGUGGGGAACUCACAGUACUACAACUACACACUUUCAGUCAACGGCAAAGAGGAAAAGCAUGAAGACAGUUAUGAGAAGGACUAUUUCACAGACCUGAUCACGAACCGGUCGCUUCACUUCCUGGAUGACAGGAGCCCGCAGCAUCCCUUCUUCCUGAUGCUUUCUCCCCCGGCGCCUCACUCCCCCUGGAUGGCAGCACCGCAGUACCAGAAGAAGUUCAGUGACAUCAAAGCCCCUCGAGACGGGAGCUUUGACAAACCAGGGAAGAACAAACACUGGCUGCUGCGUCAGCCUGUCAACCCCAUGCCAAACAACUCCCUCACCUUCCUGGACAAUGCAUACAGGAAGAGGUGGCAGACCCUGUUAUCCGUGGACGACAUGGUGGAGUUGCUGGUAAAGAAACUUGACAGCAUAAAGGAACUGGACAACACCUACAUCAUCUACACCUCGGACAACGGCUACCACACAGGUCAGUUCUCUUUGCCUAUUGACAAAAGGCAGCUGUAUGAAUUCGACAUCCGGGUCCCGCUCAUGGUCCGCGGUCCUGGCAUCAAACCAAACCAGACACUGCAGGCUCCAGUGUUGAAUAUUGACCUGGCUCCCACCAUUCUGGACAUAUCGGGUGUCAACCUGACAACUGUGAAUGUGGAUGGGCAGUCGUUCCUCUCUCAGAUGGCCCCAACGCUGCGUAAUGGCACCGCACGUCCCUUUUUCCUUGUUGAAUACACCGGCGAGGGACAUGAAACAACUGAUCCUGCUUGUCCUAAACUGGGCCCUGGACUUUCUCAAUGUUUCCCGGACUGUGUGUGUGAAGACGCCUACAACAACACCUACGCCUGUGUCAGGACCCUCAACAAAGAACAAAACCUGCAGUACUGCGAGUUUGCAGACAGCGAGUCAUUUGUAGAAGUGUACAACCUGGCGUCAGACCCCCACCAGCUGGAUAACAUCGUGAAGUCGGUGGAUCCGGCCGUCCUGCAGGCGAUGAACCAGCGCCUCAUAAAGCUCCAGUCCUGUCAGGGCGACAGCUGCCGUGACGUCAAGUAAAGCAGAGUCAACGUGCUGCCAAACACACACUGCUUCAGGCUUUCAGUGGAAGACGGGUUCGGUUUAUCUGACUGUUUUGUCGCCUUUUACCACAAGUAUGAUAGCUGGUUCCUGCUUUUUAAUAACCAGGUUUCCCAAGUUUUGACAUGUCUCGAUGAUGAAUGAUGGCUGGAUUCUAUUUAGCUGCUUCAGUUUCAGGGUCCUGGUAUUGUGCAUGCUGGCUCACUGUCACUCUGUCAUGGUUUACUGGGACAUUUGAAUAGAAAAAAGCCAUUGUUUAAGGAAAUGUUUUUUUGGGAAAUGUGCUUUCUUGCUGAUACUUAUGUUGUGAAUAUCGUUGAAACUCACUUCUUAGAUAAAUAAUAAAGCUACAGUUAGCAUAAAGGCGGUUAACAGGGAAACGGCUAGCCUGGAUCUGUGCAGCGGUAACGUGCCCAUCAUACAGUAACUUCUAAAAGCUCUUACAAUUGUACAUCUUGUUUAUUUAAUAAUUUCAACAACCAAAGUGCCUGUGUCUUAGUUGGGAAGGGAGAAAUAGUCCUUAAAGUAAUAUAGUGAUUGCACUAACAAUUUCAAGUCGUUUUUUGUAAAGGCCCUCCACAAUAAAGCAAAUUAGCAUAUUUCCCAGGUAUUUCCUUUUAAAUGUAUCGGUAACACCUGCGUUUCUCUUCCAAUGACAUGCCAAAAUGUGUGCUAUGAAAAUGUUCCGUCAGUUUUUUUUCAAGCUGUGCUCAUAUAUCUCAUGAUUACUUUACUAUAUGUUAUUUUUGGAUAACACCUUACCCAGUUCAUAGUGCAGAUCUGCGGCCCUGUCAGUCAUUCCUUGUUGUUCUGUAUCUCUACAUAAGAACUGAACUAAAAAGGUAUUUCUGUAUUUUACAUUAUUCAGGGUUCAAAUGCCUAACAAACAUUUUUGUACAAACAACCAAAUAUCUACUGGUACACUGUACCCACAGUGUACCAGUAGAUGUAUUCAAUCAUCUUUAAGGGAAUAGUUUGAUAUGUUAGGAGUGGGAAAUGAGAAGAUAGACACUCAUAUCUGUGUGUCCAUAAAAAGCAGCCAGUUAAAUUCACAUAGCACAAUAAAAAAGAAGAGGGGAAUAGGGAAAACAACUAGUCUGGUGCUGCUCAAAGGUAAUAAAAUCCACCUAAAUUAGCUCUAGAGCGCACCAAUCAAAAUGAAAUAUAUUAUUUGGUUAAUUCAGAUAAAAACUGGUUAGAAAUAAUAAACUGCACAUUUAUCAAGGAAUGCAGAACUGUUUCUUGAUUCCCUAAAUGUAGCUUGGAAAGAAGUAGACAGACUAAAAGAACCCAAUAAAACCACUUUUUCUCAUUCUGACAAGUAUAAUUUAAACAUACAAUUUAGAGCUUUAAUGGUUGUUUUGUCCCCUUUGCACACAGGCAGGCAUGCUGUUUGCAGUCCUUUUGCUGCUGGCUAUAUUUACAUUUUUACCAUAUAGAAACUCUUUGCAAUAUUACCUAUGCAUGGUAAAUUUCUUUUCUAAAUAUUUUGAACUCAUACUUUUAUUACUAUUCAGCAGAACUCGAGUUGAGACGGAAACCUUUUUUUAAUUGGACAUCAUGAUGUGAUGGACUAUUGCUCCAAUGUGUGCCUCUAGAAUGAACACAAUUUUUGUUGUUUUUUAAUUUUCAAUCCUGAUGUUCAUUUAUUAUAAUAUUUUACAUUGUAUUAAUAACGUCAUUUUUAUUGAGCCUUUUUAAACAGAAAGAUGGAAGAGUGCUGUGAUACUUUUGAGAUGUGUUAAGGAUUUUGUAAUUGUGAGAAAGUGGAAAUUGUACAUGGUACCGUAUGAAAUGAACGCUUUGAUCCUGUGUGCCUUGUGUUUGCACUGACGAGGUUCACGUGCGUUAAAUGUGAAUGUAUUUGCACUGUGAUUAAAUUAAAAGCAAAUCAAAUGUAGCAUUUCAA